CGUAUAGUCCGUGGUGCAUGUGUAUACAUACAGUUUCGUUCCGAGAACGCUGCGCGAGCGCCUGUCCGGAUUCCCCAUCGCCUGAAUAAAAUGAUAGCACAGUGUACGCAGUCGUAAUCUCAGGUACACAUCGGCCGCGUAUCUUGCCCCUUCGCCGCUGGCGUGUUUUAGACAACGAUUAAACAACCCGCAGGAAUAAGAAUGCAGGAGUCGUGUUGAAGUGGAGCAUAGCAGACGAUGAUAUUUCGGUAAACAGGAGAUCAUCACAUAUCGAGUGAGAGGGAGAGAGGGAGAGAGAGCAUCCCAGCUGAACUUUUGAGAACGAUUGUUAUAGUUCAAUAUCACAGAUGCCAUACAUUCUGGUUCGUGGUAACCUUGCAUCUUAUGGUCACAGGUAUCCUUGGAGAGUACUUGUGUCUGGCCUAAAAGCGGCAGACAUAGAACAACUUAGCCGAUUUGCCUCUGGAGGAUACUGCGACGACUCAACAAUCGUCUACCUUCAGCAUCCCUGUGUAAUACUAACUGCACUAGAGGUUUUGGGUUACAAAGUUGUUGCAUCUUCUAGUACAAGUGUCAAACAAGACUACAAUGAGUACAUGUGGACUAUGAGAAAGGACUUUGCGGAGCCAGAACCCGAAGCUGUUAUUAAAGCAGAACUUAAAGACAACGAGGUCUGAAUAACUGUGAGACUGAAAAUGGCUGAAGCUGAGGCUAAACUGUCUCAGAAGUUAGCACAAAUUAUUGGUAAUGAAAAUUACUACUAUGUGGCCGUAAAAGGUUCACCCUUUGCAAUGGAUUGUGUUGCCUUUGGUUUGACAAAGGAUGAAGUCUUGGCGCUAUCAAAGAGAUUUCCCAAUACUGGGACAGAUGUCGUGAAUGGCGUUGUGAUAAAAGGAUCGCCGCUCGAAGUUAUAAACGCUCUUUCCGAAUUAGGAUACAGAGUCGUUUGCAGCACGGGCGAGGCGGAAAUAUUAUGGACCCUUCAACGAGAAGUUUAACAGAGCCGACGCAAUACCUCAACGUCUCACGCAGUGAAUUUAUUGUACAAUGUCGCCACACUCUAAUUGUAACGCGUUAACAAAACGUUAUAAUGGCAUUUUAAUUUUACCGUCGCGCAGAGUUCUAGACAAAUACUGUACGAUCUUUUUAGAGAGAAUCUUUUUAUUCUGUGUCUCCUAAGCAAUUUUUGUCUCAUUUUUAAAUACAUUUUAUCGUUUUAUACAAGCACUCUUGAUCAUAAAAUUUUUAAGAUGGUAAAUUUUUGAGGACCAAUUUAUUAUGACGAUUUUGUUUUACAAAUACGGACUGCAGAGUUUUUAUAAUGAUGAAAAGAAAGCGUGCGAUGUUCAAGUGGUACUAAGUACAUUGCAUAUUUGCUUUCACACAAGAGAGAAGUAUAUUGAGUAUUUUUGAUAAUUUUAUCCCCCUUUUUUUUAUCAAAGUUCUUUUAGCUUCACUACACAGUAAAAUAUAUAGAAGUGUUGAUGUGCACGACUUAGCGCGCGAGAUACGCUUAAGCAUGCAAUAAGUUUUAGAGAACAUAAUUUUAAGAAAGAUGAAAUAAAAUCAAAGAUUAUUACAUAGCAGUUAUUGUUUCAAUAAUAUAUCAAAAGCUAAUAUAUGAAAAUAAAGAUUAUAAAUCUGAUAAGAAUCGAAAUCAAGAAAUGAAGGUUGUGCAAUAAUAGUUGCAUUGCAAAAUAAUGAAAAUAUGUUUUUUUUUUAACGCUGACCAAUCUCGAGUUGACUAUAGUUUCUUUGCAAAGUUGUAUACUUUACAGUUUGAUGUACGCAUUGAUGUUGCGUUAACCAGAGGAAAAUAUCUUGUUUUAUGAAAUUUAUAAAUAUAAUUGCGGCCUACAAUAGUUACUUAAACAAUUGAAAGAAAAGCGAGGUAGUGUUUUCGUCAGUAAUUAUUAUAAUUUAUGAACUUUACUCCAAUGCCUUAAAUCAAUUUUGAUAUUUUAUUGUCUAUAAACUGUAUGUUAACUUUGUCGUUAAUGAAUUGUACGUCAUAUUUUAUGAAAAUUUCUACUGUUUGGUAUUACAUGAUUGGAUAUAACACCAUACAUGAAUACCUUACGUUUGUGCUUGUGUAAUGUAUACGUUUUAUGUUAAAAUUAUUGUAACAAUAUAAAGAUUGUCUAAAUGUU